AUGAUAACUUUUCGAGACCUCCCGGUCGAGGUCAUUGAGCAGAUUGUCGGGUAUCUACCCACUGCGUCGUCGAUCGUCAAUCUUGGGUUGACGUGUCACGCAACGCAUACCAUUAUUUCGCAGGAUGAAUACUCGAUAUUCCGCUCCUUCGUACAACGGGCUUUUCCGACCAUUGCAACGCCUCCCAUCUGGCGGGAUGCCGCACGGUGUCUGACAUCCCGCUCUCGUGCUUGGGACCGCAAGGCGUUCGUCGCAAGAGAGUGCCAUCCACCAGCCUCCCCUGCUGACGGAUUGUAUCAGCAACCCCAUACGCCCACUGUAGGGUAUCAUCCCAACAUCGACUGUUAUGAAACUUGGCAUGGCUCAUCCUGGUCUGCCCGGAAGGAGGUCCUUGCCUGGGGCGCUAUCGGCAGGCUUAGGUUGCGUACAACAAAGGACGGCGUCGUCAGUUGGACUUCCUCCAGAGGGGAUCAGGACCACAAGCAGGCCAUGGAUAUCUUGGACGUCCGUCUUUUGCUACCGGAGCAGCAUGAUAAUCUCGAUGGAGAAUCCAUUGUACUCAGGAGGGCCAACGGUGAAGUCGCCAAGGUUGAGUCUUCAUCUAAACCAGAUGAAAUCACGCCAAUCUCGCGCUACCUCGUUGACUCAGCCACUCCCAAUUGCAUGGAUGUCAGUAAGAACGCACACCCCCUCUUAGCCAUCUGCGACCCUGAAUCGAUCCAAUUGUUCCCGGUGCGAAGCUCUGACGAAUUUGUGAAACCAAGCGACACCAUACUAGCUCAAGGUACCGCCAAAACGCCCCAGCGGAAACGGGUCGCGAAGUUUCUCUCCGACAGUACCUUGGCAGUCGCGUCUCAAUAUCUCCAAGGGCGUGACCAGGCACCCAUCAGCAUUUACGACAUCAGUCCCACAGGGCUAUCGAGUUCACCGCUGAUGGAGACCGUAGGAGCUGAUCAGGAAUUAUCAGGAAUGCUCGGUCGACAGAACGCGAACGUGAUUGUUCCUUUACUGGACAACGCCAGCUCCACAAGUAGUCGGCCGACGCAGCUGUUCCUAUCCGGAUGGACAGAUGGAGUUACCCGACUGCACGAUCUGCGCCUUCCUGGAAACGUCGUCGCAUCAUACAUGGACGUUGUUGAUGACGGACAGAUCCUAUCGCUGUUGCCCAUCGGUCUCGAAAGAUUCGUGGCGGGAGGCUCCCAGAAUGGAUGUUUGAAAACGUUCGACCUCCGCAUGCCUGGAGCCAGAGCAUACUCAUACCUUUCCACCCGUCCACCCCAAGUCACACAAGGCAUAGGCACCGAAAACGCAGCCAAUCACCAAGAACACUUCCGCUACCCAACAACAGACAUUCAACGCGACAUCAACAUCUUCCUCACGCCGCUGAUAAACUACCGCGAGAGACGAUGGGAGCCGCUCCAGCGGUCCCUGAGGUCCAGCCGAGCCGAGCGCUACCGGGGAUCCGUAUACUCACUGUCCAGCCCGUCUCCGUCCUCCGCGACCAUCUACGCCGGAAUUGCGAACCACGUGAUCCAACUCGACUUCACGUCUACGGACGACAUUAGAAGCGGGGCUGUAAGUAUUCCCACGGCAUCGUCACAUCGGGAAGGGCGCGACAGCCACGUGAUGGAUUUGUCGUGCUACGAGCGGCCGCGGAGGGGGCGUGAGAGCACGGAUCCGAUUCUCUUGAGGAAGCAGAUGCCUUUGAUGACGAUAGAGAAUGGGAGUGAGAGAGGGAGUGGCGGUGAGAGUCAAAUACAACGGCAAGAGCAGCAACAGCACGACGAAAGCGGUGCGUGGAAGACUGAGAAUGGGUGGGAUGAGCGCUGGCGCUUGGAGGUCUAUAAUAGACGGGGGGGAAGCCACGGCAGGAACUCGAACUGGGCCACGUGA